AUGACGGUCGCUACACAGCUGCAGCCUCCUACCUCUUCAUCUUCUUCAACAAUAGCCAAUGCAACCGACGUCGAGUCACAGCAGAUAAAUGCCGAGACCUCACACUUCAAUCUUAUUCUUGACCAAGCCGGCCUUACUGACGCUGUUCUUAACCACAACUACCCUGGUCAUGGAACAGAAGACUCACCAUAUCUUGUUGAGUUCCUUCCCAACGACAAUCGAAAUGCAUUGAACUUCUCACCGUCAAAGAAGUGGCUUAUUACAAUCUUGCAGGCCAUAGCAACAUUGGCCGUUACCUUCGCCAGUACGGCAUACUCUGGAGGCCUUUCAUCCAUCUUGAUGCACUUCCACGUCUCAACCGAAGUUGCUAUACUUGGUGUUUCCAUGUUCGUCCUUGGUUUUGCUGUUGGACCCCUGAUGUGGGCACCUCUUUCAGAGCUCUAUGGCCGACAAAUCCCAUUCUUUGUCUCUUUUAUGGCCUUGACCGCAUUCAAUGCAGGUGCGGCAGGUGCCCCGACCAUAGCGGCCUUGAUAGUCCUUCGUUUCUUUGCAGGCUCUUUUGGAUCAUCGCCAUUGAGCAACGCGGGCGGUGUUAUUGCUGACAUGUUCGAAGCUCGAGAUCGAGGACUCGCUACCGCUCUCUUUGCCGUGGCCCCUUUCCUGGGCCCUACUAUUGGCUCUCGGUAUCGCGAAGAAGACGCUGACUAUUCCAAAACAGGCCCCAUUGCUGGCGGGUUUCUUGGCGAGAGCGAAGGCUGGCGCUGGGUGAUGGGAAUGACCUCAAUCUUCACCGGUGUUGUAUGGAUCGUUAACUCACUGGUGAUACCUGAAACCUAUGCCCCCUAUCUCUUGCGUCGCCGAGCAGCCGUCCUUUCCAAAAGGACGGGGAAGAUUUAUAUCUCCAAGUUGGAUGUUGGUCGUCCUCACACUACUAUUACCACACAAUUCAAGACUGCGAUACUUCGCCCCUGGGUCCUGCUAAUUAAAGAACCCAUUGUUCUACUAACCUCACUGUAUAUGGCCAUCAUCUAUGGAACACUAUACCUCUGCUUUGCUGCCUUCCCAAUCGUCUUUCAGCAAGGUCGCGGAUGGAGUCCAGGAAUCGGAGGGCUUGCUUUCUCUGGCAUCGCUGUGGGAAUGCUAUUUGCAGUUACUGGGACUAUCUUGGACAAUAAACGAUACGCCCGGGCUGCGGAAGCCGCAGGCGGUCAUGCACUUCCUGAAGCUAGGCUGCCCCCUUCACUUAUCGGCUCAAUACUUAUUCCAGUCGGCCUCUUCUGGUUUGCCUGGACAAAUGGCAAAGAUGUGCAUUGGAUCGUGUCUAUCAUAGGCUCAGCGUUUUUCGCUUGCGGCUUGGUUUCAGUUUUUCUUUCACUUCUAAAUUACCUCGUCGAUUCAUGUGAGUCUUCUUGCAGCAAUGCUUCUCGUGUCUUUCAGCCCAUCCGAGGUUUUCUAACUAAAUCAGAUGUCAUCUUUGCUGCUUCAGUAUUAGCUGCAAACUCGAUCCUGCGUUCCCUCUUUGGCGCUGCCUUUCCCCUCUUCACGACAUAUAUGUACAAAAACCUCGGAACUCAUUGGGCCAGUUCGAUUCCUGCCUUCCUGGCUGUCGCUUGUGUUCCGUUCCCAUUCUUGUUCUACAAAUACGGGGAAACCAUCCGUAUGAAGUGCGAGUACGCUACAGAGGCUGCCAACGUCCUUCAAAAGAUGCGCACGAAGCACGAGGUGAUCACGGAGGAUCAGGCGGCUCAGGAGGUUCAUCAGGCCGAGUUGGAGCGACGGGCGAGCAAUGCUCUUCGCCGCAGCUUAACAAAGACUCACACAAGCAAGUCUAUUCAAUGA